CGCGUGACGCAGCAUCUGAAGCAGGCGUGUGCACCCCUUUUACGAACACCAUGGUGACAAUAUGGCUUACCAUCAGCUCGACUCGCUGAUAGGCGCCAGCGAUCGAUCGCAUCACUGAGGAGAAAAGUGAAAGGUUUGGUUCCCUGGAACGCACGUGCGUUGGGAUUACGUGGAGUAGUGCAACUUUCAACUCAUACUUUCAUAUCCCUGUCAAGUGUUCCGCAAUUUUCUUAGAAAUGGAAUUACCAUCGUUGAUCAAUUGAUUGCUGUUUCAGCUGACUGGAAGUAUGUGGUGCUUGGGUUGGCUCGAUAGGCUAGCAUUCGUGUGUUCGUAUCAAUGUCUGAAGAUCGCGUUAUCGUAGAAAGAGGCAACACAUAAUGGACAGAGAUUUAUUCUGAUGUGUGCUGUUGUGUCUGUGAUUUACGUACGACGACAGCUAUGAUGGCGUCUAGAUUGUCAACUGGCAUUCUGUCGUCUGCUCAUUUGGUGCCAAAUGUACUGGAUUAUCAGGCAUGACGGCGGAGAUCCAGCAGUGGCGGGAAGGUUCCCGUGCCCCACCUCCUCCCUACUUAGAGGCGCUGGCGUAUCCUCUGACGUCACUUACUGAACCCGAAAACGAAAACGAAGAUACCACGGCAGAAAACAUCGAACUCAACAAGUGUCCGGAAGUUCAAGAUGGCGGAACUUCCUUAUAUCCAACCGCCCUGUUGUCAAAAACGUCACGAUCCAACAGUGUUUGUUCUGGAUGUAGUGUGUUGCGGUCAAACUCCCCAAUUACAUGUCAGGUUAAUACUGACCAUCCGCUCUCGUGCAGAGGCUCGUGCGAAUCUUGCGUGCAAGAGAGUUCGGAUGAAGUGACGUCAUUCAUGUCGAAAAAACAGUGUCUUAGUCACAAUUCCAUAGCGUCAAAUAAACUGACCGGAUCUCCAGGUUCCUUAAAGACUUGUCGGUCCUACUCCCCGCAGCCCGGCCCCAGCGGCUACAAUGGGAGUAAAGGCAAGGGGCGGGCCAGCUCCACCGUCAAGUUCAUCAAUGGGGCUGGGAACUACAAAACGGGUGCUACCAGUGACAGCUCGGACAAUAUAUACUCAACCAACUGUACAACGUCACUGAACGAGACGGAAGAGGAGCCAAACAACAGUGCAGCCGACCGUGGAACUCUCUAUUGCGCAUGCGGGAUACUUAUUUCCAUAAUUACACUCGUCCUACUGCUUGUUAACUUUGCAUAAUCCAUGACAUCAUACUCACGUGACUUUAAAGCUUCAAUCAAAACAUAGCCAACUUAAGGAUCCUUCAGCCGGAAGUUCACUUUUUUAUUUUUGUACAGAAUAUAAAGUUGUAAUACCGUUGAACUUUACGACCUCUUAAAUAUUUUUCUAGCAUAAUUCUUCGUUUCUUUUUUGGUGUUUUUAUGUGGUCAUAUUAUUCAUGAAGCUUCACAACCUAGUACAAUGGUAUCCAUCAACCCGAUAAAGUCCCGGAUGUAUGUCGGAUAUAUAGCAAUACCCUCUCUGAUGUGGUUUAAUCUAUUGGAUUUUUGAAAGAAUUCAAUAUUUCAUGUUCAUCGUUUACAUGAACAGUGUUCUUUUUUUAAUUUAAUUGUCUCUAAGGAGACAAUGCCAGAAUAAUAACAGAACUUGCAGAAAUAUUUAAACCAAAAUAUAUGAUAACACCGAGAAGAGGAGAAAACAAGAUAAAUGUGCUGUACAGCGAUAGUGAGUGGCUUUGGUGUUAAAAGGACGUGUCUGAUUUGUGAUGAUGAUGUCACCCCGAUAAGUGAUUAUGACGUCACCAAGUAUGAUUACGUCAUCCAGAACGAUGACGUCACCAUGUGAUGACGAAAUAUUCCUUGUUGUUUUGGCCUGUUAUCAUUCCACUGUGAUAUAGAUUACCGACAGACGGUCAAACAAAUGUCUAAGAAAAAUCAAAAUAAUUUCCUGAUCUUUUAUCCAUAUGUGAUUUAAAUGUCUUAAUAGUAUUGCACGUUAUACAUUUGUAUUGUUUAUAAAUGUCAAUAUUGUCUGCACUGUC